AGUAUUAUGGCUGCCAGCGUGUGACUGACAUAUACGCAUGGCCGCAUUCUAGAAUAAGUACUUAAAUGUCAAAUGACAUUUAAGCAAGUAAAACCGUAUGUUAUAUCCCAGUAAUAUGUGAUACUUCGUAUUCUUUUAUUAAAUAACUGUAAGUAGAUUACAUUAAGAGCAUUUUAUAGAAUGACCUAUAUGUAAUAGAUACAUCUUGUAAAAAAUAAAAGUCUAAAAGAUGGACUAACAUAACUUAAUAAAAUGACAGUUAUGUAUUGUUGUACAUACGUGUUAUAUUUACCAGAAAAAAAUUUUAUAAAAGCUUUGUAUUAAAUUUUUAUGUAAUUUGGAAUAAUGGAUAAUUUGUCAGAUUCAUUCAAAGGUGAACUAGAUUCUAUUACAUCAACAGAUUCUCUGCAAUUAAUAACAGAUGAAUUUUGUAUCAGACAUUUGUCAACACCCGAUGUUUCAAACAUAGAGUUGUCAAAACGUGUUGCUUUAUUAGAAUUAGAAAAUGAGAGACUCAGAAUGGAUCUAGAAAAUAUGCGCAUUGAACUGAAUGCUAGAAUUGCAGCAAAUGAAGGUCUUAAAGGAAAGAUAACCGAAUUGUAUGUGGAGAUGCAGUUGGUACUCCAAGAAAAACAAAAACUGCAAAAUACUUUGACAGAUGUCAAUAAUCGUUUAGAUGCAUCAGAAGCAUCUACAAAAUGGUAUCAGUCUCAAGUACAUGGGUUACAAGCAAGUAAGAAAACUUUGCAAUUAGAAGUUGAUACGUACCAGGGGAUAUUACAACAAAGGCAACAAACUAUAGCAAACAUAAAUGCUAGAUAUAAACAACUAAAUAUGGAUUAUACUGAACUUCUUCAAAAACAUCAGAAAGAGAAACAAAAUUUAGAAUAUGAAGUACGAAUCUUAAAAUCACAAAAUCAAUCAAAUAGUAAUUCAGAAUCAGAAGAUACACGUAUAACAUCUAGUUCUCCAGAUGUAUCUACAAAGUUGGAAUUAACAGAAGAUGAAUUACGAAAUACAAAAGCAGAAUUAAAAACAUUAGAAAAACGGCUGUUAGGCAAUGAAGUUUCCAAGACAUUAAUGGAAAAUACAUUGACCAAGCAAAGAUUAUUAAUUACAACUAUGGAAGAAAACAUACAAAGGUGUGAAACAGAGAAAAAUCAAACUGCUGAUUCUCUUCGCAAAACGCAGCUUGAAAUUCAGAAGUUGCAUUCUAAAAAUGAAGCAUUGCAGACUACUCUGCUUUCUUCCAAACAGGAACAAAGUCAGAUAGAAGAUGCAAUCUUCCAAUUGCGAUUACAAUUAACUAAAAUGAUUGCACAGUAUAAACUUCUAAAAACAAAAAAUACAGAAGCUGAAGAAAAAUUGAAUUCAAUGCAAGAUAUAAUAAAUGAAAACAAACGGUUAAAAACGUUGUCGUACGAAGCUAAUAGUGCACUUAUUAGGAAACUUCGACAAGAAAAACGUAAAGUGAAGCAUUUGGAAAAUAAACUCCAUGGUAUCCAAAUUAAGGGGCAUUUAAAUAAUAUGAAAAGUAAGAUGGAAAUUUCUUUGCAAGAGUGUCUAAAGCAGGUUUUAAUUAGAAACAAAGAUUUAAAGGAUCAAUUGAAGGCACUUACAAAAAAUUCAGAUGAAAGUAUCGAUGAAGGAUAUGGUGAUAGCAGUAUUGUUAGUUCUGUUUCUGUAGACAUUCCAUCACCGAAUUCCAUUAAUCCAGUAUUAUUAAACACAGCUUCUAGUGUUUUAUUACAAUGUAAGGAUUUCUGUAAACCAGUACAAAUAGAACUUGACCAUCUACGAUUAAAACUUAUCAAGUUAAAAGAAUGCACCAUAUAGUAUUAAACUAAUUUAUUAAAUAAUUAUUUUGAAAAAUUUAUAAUCUUAUUACGACUUACAUACUAUGAAAUAUAUAAAAGGUGGUGACUGGUUAUUAACUUGAAUGAUAAGUAAGGUUGAUUGAAUUGUAAAUACAUUAAUUUAUAAUAAAUCUUUUAAUUGUUACAA